GGAUUUUCCUUCAAGUAAACACGCAGAGACAGGCGAUGAUAGCCGCUCUUUACCAGCUUAGUGGGAGGGGCUAUUUUCCAGCCCAUAGCAACCGUCCCUAGCAACGGCGCGUCGUUGAGUUGGGCGGAGUCAGCUGGACCCGUUUGCCCGCCUGUGUUCAGGUUGGUUUUCUACGCGAGGCCGAGGCUGCGGGGCCUGUUCGGAAGGCAUGCUGAAAGUAAAGAUCCUCUUCGUUGGCCCCAGCGAGUCCGGAAAAUCUGUUUUGGCAAACUUCUUGUCGGAGAGCACAGAAGGCAUCGGCAGCUAUAUCCCAACCCAAGGGGUGAGGAUCCUGGAAUAUGAGAAGCCCCAUAUCAAUGAAAACAGCAAAGGCACAGAAUAUCGGUUUGAACUGUGGGAUUGUGGAGGUGACCGAAAGUUUGAGACUUGCUGGCCUGCUCUGAUGAAGGACUCUCACGGUGUUGUCAUAGUCUUCAACCCAGACUUGCCCAGUCACCUGAAGGAAAUAGAGACGUGGUAUUCCUGCUUUGUGCAGCAACAGCAGCUGCUUGAUAGCCAGUGCCUGCUCAUCGCACAUCACAAGCCUGGCAGCGGAGGAGAUGCAGAGAGCCUCACCUUGCCUUCACCUCUGAACAGGCUGCUUCUGAUUCACUCCAGUCUUGAAGAAGAACCCGAGGACAUCCGGAUGGAAUUUGUGAAGUACCUUAAGAACAUCAUCAACUUGGUGAACGAGAACCGGGACAAGGAAGAGAUGUCGAUUAUCACGUGAAAGGCAGAGACGUUUUUGAUGGGACAGGAGAUAACCAUUCAAAAAAGAGAGAGGAGACAGAACCCCCGUUUAUAUAAAAAAGUCUGAAACUAAUGGGCACUAAAAAUACUGAGUCUUUGUGAAUGCGUAACAUUACAGGUUUUUUUGCCUUACACAACUGAUGAAAAUGAUUUGGCAAUAAGAGGUAUGUAGCAUUCAGCUCUGGAUAGAAGCACAAGGCAGUCACCCUACGGACCAUGGCCUACAUGCUGUGAAGGACCAAAUUCUUUGAAGAAACUGAAUUAAAAGUCAAAUUCCUCCUCUCCCA